UAUGCCGUCUAUCAAAUCAAACGACUGCUAUGGCAUACGUGCGGGCGAGAGAACGCCUCGCUCUCGUGGGGCCCAUGCUUUUACCAUCCCAUCGUCUUUAGCCCUUGCUUACAUCGGUGAGCGCAAGCAAGCCAUUCCCAGCUGCUUUCGAUCUGGAAAGCCUGGACGGAAGGUGUUCUACGUCCGGUCUGUCACGGUGUCCAUUUGCGUACGGAAUUCCGUCGCCUUGCGUGUGUGUAACCGUCACCGAUUAGGGUCAUUCAUGCUUCCUCGGUCAAAUCAGCAUCGCGGUUCUCGUCAGAGUCUCUGCUUUAUUGCUUUUUAUGGAACCACUCCUUCCUAAGCAGCAUCUUUUUUGUUCAUGUAGAGCCCCGGAGUGGCGGUGAGGGUUUACAAUGGGCAGAUGAUGGGCGACCACUUUGUCUUGACUUCUAGUCGGUGGAUUUCUUAUCCGGAUAUACUAUCACAUGUGCCAGUGAUGGACUAGGCUUCCAGUUUCCAAGCCGUUGAUGACGAGGACAAGACGACAAGACACAAUGGUGACCUUCACAUCGAAUAUAGCACUGUAUCAAUAACUCCUGAUACCCUGCCUUGUUCGGCGGUAUAUACCUAGGCACGCAGUUGCGGUAUGAUAUUCAGGUCUCGCUUGCUUACAUCCUCGUACACGCCGUCCAUAUCAAGCCAUCCCCAAGCCAUACAGCCAUGAUCAUCAUCGCAUGUGCCACAAUAACUUCCAGGACCCGACAAUAAGUUGUAUUUCGGGUGCACGCGGUUGGUAAAUUGGCGUGGGGGGGUAAGUGAGGAUCCCACCUUCUCCAUCUACUUGCCAGCAAGCUGCAGGCCUCGCGAUUCGUACGUUCAGUAAAUGUACCAGCAUCAUAUACAGCGAUACAUGUUGAAAAGCUAGGAAAACUGCACGCCUCUCCUUAUCCCCGGUGCGGUGCGUGCACUUCCGACUCUCCGAAGGAUUGCGUGCAUUGGGAGUGUACUGAUGCCUUUCAACAACUGGCUGGAUAAUAUUCACACCCCUGAGAAACGUGCUAUUCCUAGCAAACAAUCAUCUCGCUAGGCUAUGAGACUCCUCCGUGCAUCCAAGACUCUACUGAGGAUAUGGCACUGAUGUGCGAAGAUAUCCAAGACAACCCACUCAAUUCCCGGCUUCGCCCCCCACUCUGCCCCAAAUUAUUGGGAAUUCAUCUUCACCCGCCCACGCUCGUUCCGCGGCCUGUUUCUUGUGCUGUGAGGUUCAAGGUUCUGGAUAAAAAAGGGUUUCGGUGGACAUGGCAGCGAGGCGCGAAGGAAGCGAAUGGGUCCCCAUCCCGCUUGUACCCACAUAGGUAAUCCGUGAAGGAAAGCUAAUUCCGGCUUGCUGCUUUUCCCCUCUAAUGUAUCGUCUGUCUUCCCUCCCUCUGCCCAGUGCCUCUCCGGCUAAAGUACUACCCAAAUAAUUGAAAUGUAUCUGCUGUGCAUGUAUGUAAAAUACCGCAUGUGCGUCUAUGCACGCACGCACCGCGCUUUUUUCACUAUUGGGAAUGUUACUCUCUCGGUUCAUCGAGACGCCGAGGAACAGGAUGGUGAGUCGUGAACAGCGAGGGGGGGUUAGACAGUCCCCGGCAUUUGCCGCUUGCACCCCAGUCACCGAAUAACGCGUUUUGGAGGAGAUGCCGCUCGGUGAUGCCUUUGCGAUUAGCGUUGAGAGUCUUUGGAGCAAUCCUCCCCACCUCUUCUCCCCUGUGCUGUGAUGAAUUAUUGAUUGGAGGAACUUCUCUGCAUUGCAUCACGCAAGCGAAUACGUGGGCGUCAGAUAUAAUCCUUUGUGGCUACCACUCUAAUUUCUUGGGAAAGAGGGGGAGCUAGUUGUGUAAAGAAUGAUUCAUUGUUUACCAAAGCAUGCAAGACUCUGUGUGGCUCUCCAAAAGUGCUGACAUGGCUUGGCCGCUUCUUUUGAAUAGCACCCGUGGAAUCAAUUGGUCUCAAGACGGCUCUAGACUAGGAUAUGGGUUGGAAAGGCAAUUCGCCUUCUGCAUACAUAAUGCGUACAUACGUGUCAUGACAAGUAGGCAUACUAACUAGGCUGCAAAUUCUGGACAACGCUCUACUAAUAACCCAGGUAUGAUAAGAGGCAUGGGGCUCUGCUCCAACGCUCAAGUUUUGCUUUGGUAUACAACUACCGCCCAAAAGAAUAACAAAUCGGUAGAUGAAUCGCUCAACGUAAGU